UUUCCACUAGUAUUUUCUCGAACUUUCUCGGGAAUUCUUAAAAUAUCUCUAUAAAAUCAACUUCUUGUUCCAAACCCACUUCAGAUUUUCCCUCAAAACAAUCAGAAAACGCUCAAAAUAUCUUCUUUAACUCUUUUAUCUGAUCGAUUUCAUCGGAUUAUUCUGAUUCAAAAUGGCGAGUACAAGCGAAGGCAAAGCAAUUGGCAUAGACCUCGGCACGACUUACAGCUGCGUGGGCGUGUGGCAAAACGACCGCGUAGAGAUCAUAGCCAACGACCAAGGCAACCGCACGACGCCGUCCUACGUGGCGUUCACGGACACCGAGCGGUUAAUCGGCGACGCUGCGAAGAACCAAGUGGCCAUGAAUCCGCAAAACACAGUGUUCGAUGCGAAAAGACUCAUCGGUCGUCGUUUCUCCGACCCGACGGUCCAAAGCGACAUGAGGCACUGGCCUUUUAGGGUGAUUCCGGGACCCGGAGAGAAGCCGAUGAUCGUUGUUCAGUACAAAGGAGAAGAGAAACAGUUCUCUCCUGAAGAAAUAUCGUCCAUGGUGCUGACGAAAAUGAGAGAAAUCGCGGAAGCUUAUCUCGGUCAGAGUAUAAAGAACGCAGUGGUGACGGUCCCGGCGUAUUUUAACGACUCUCAGCGGCAGGCCACGAAGGACGCCGGAGUGAUCGCGGGGCUUAACGUGAUGAGAAUCAUUAAUGAACCAACUGCUGCGGCCAUUGCUUAUGGUUUGGACAAGAAAGCUUCAAGAAAAGGCGAACAAAACGUGCUGAUUUUCGACCUCGGCGGCGGGACAUUUGAUGUCUCAUUGUUGACGAUCGAAGAAGGGAUCUUUGAAGUUAAAGCCACGGCGGGAGAUACACAUCUGGGCGGUGAAGAUUUUGACAACAGGAUGGUGAAUCAUUUUGUGGCGGAGUUUAGAAGAAAGAAUAAGAAAGAUAUCAGCGGCAACGCUCGAGCUUUAAGGAGAUUGAGAACUGCGUGCGAAAGGGCGAAGAGAACUUUAUCUUCCACCAGUCAAACGACAAUCGAGAUUGAUUCUUUGUACGAAGGGGUUGAUUUUUAUGCGACGAUUACCAGAGCCAGGUUCGAGGAGCUGAACAUGGAUUUGUUCAGGAAGUGUAUGGAGCCUGUGGAGAAGUGUUUGAGAGACGCCAAGGUUGAUAAAAGUCAUGUUGAUGAAGUGGUUCUUGUCGGUGGAUCCACCAGAAUCCCGAAAGUUCAGUCGCUUUUGCAGGAUUUCUUCAACGGGAAGGAGCUCUGUAAGAGUAUUAACCCCGAUGAAGCUGUGGCGUAUGGAGCGGCGGUUCAGGCUGCCAUUCUGACCGGGGAAGGAAACGAGAGGGUUCAAGACUUGUUGCUUCUUGAUGUUACGCCUCUGAGUCUUGGCCUUGAAACUGCCGGUGGAGUGAUGACUACUUUGAUUCCAAGGAACACGACGAUCCCUACCAAGAAAGAGCAGAUUUUUUCGACCUAUUCGGAUAAUCAACCGGGCGUUUUGAUCCAAGUUUAUGAAGGCGAGCGGGCGAGAACGAAGGAUAAUAAUCUUCUUGGGAAGUUUGAGCUCACCGGGAUCCCUCCUGCGCCAAGAGGAGUUCCCCAAAUCAAUGUGUGUUUUGACAUUGAUGCUAAUGGCAUUCUCAAUGUCAGCGCGGAAGAUAAAACGGCUGGUGUGAAGAACAAGAUCACCAUUACGAAUGAUAAAGGGAGGUUGAGCAAGGAAGAGAUUGAGAAUAUGGUGAAGGAGGCGGAGAGGUACAAGGCUGAGGAUGAGGAGGUGAAGAAGAAGGUGGAGGCGAAAAAUGGAUUGGAGAAUUAUGCAUAUAACAUGAGGAACACCAUUAAGGAUGAGAAGUUUUCCGGGAAACUGAAGCCAGAGGAGAAGGAGAAGAUCGAGAAGGCGGUGGCUGAGACCAUAGAGUGGCUGGAUGCGAACCAGUUGGCUGAAGUUGAUGAGCUCGAGGACAAGUUGAAGGAGUUGGAGGGGAUUUGCAAUCCCAUUAUUGCUAAGAUGUACCAGGGCGGCGCUGGUGCUGACAUGCCAACGGGUGAUGAUAUGCCGGGUGGCGCCAGCAGCUAUGGUGGUGGCUCAGCCGGGUCUGGAGGAGGUGCAGGGCCGAAGAUUGAAGAAGUUGAUUAAAAUUCAUGUUUUGAGGGCCUUGAAGAACAGAGUUGGUGUGCUCUGUUUUGAUUUUUGACUGCUCUGUUUCCCGUGUUGGUCCGGGUCAUGGAUUGAUCCAUUGGGAUUUGUAUAUGGGUUGGGUUAAGGUUUGCAUGUAAAAUGUUUUGGUUUUUUCUUCUUUUACAAAAAUAGAGUAACAUAAUGUAAGGUGUAGUAAGAGCAUAAAUACUCUUUUCUAAAUAAAGUUUUUGAUAUAUAUUAUCAAAUGUUUUUUAA